AGUAGUUGCCGUGGCUUCAAACGUGUCAGUUCGUUCGUAUUAAAAAAUUAUUAACAGUGUUUAUCAACAACAAGUCACAAAUUCCACGACGCAACACACACAUACAUAGGCAUAGACGGUAGUGAUAAAGGCUUAUAAGAAAACUUCAAUACAAUAAUAACAAGAAAGCAACAACAACAGCAACACCAUGGCAGAUAAAGUCAAUGUAUGCAUUGUGGGUUCCGGCAAUUGGGGUUCGGCCAUAGCGAAAAUUGUGGGCGCCAAUGCGGCCGCGCUGCCCGAAUUUGAGGAGCGUGUAACGAUGUUCGUGUAUGAGGAGUUGAUUGAAGGCAAAAAACUGACGGAAAUUAUCAAUGAAACGCACGAGAACGUCAAAUAUUUAAAGGGACACAAACUGCCGCCAAAUGUGGUUGCCGUGCCUGAUCUUGUUGAGGCUGCCAAGAACGCCGAUAUACUGAUCUUUGUGGUGCCACAUCAGUUUAUACCGAAUUUCUGCAAACAAUUGUUGGGCAAAAUAAAGCCCAAUGCCAUUGCCAUAUCACUAAUCAAGGGCUUCGAUAAGGCCGAAGGUGGCGGCAUUGAUCUAAUUUCUCACAUUAUUACGCGCCAUUUAAAGAUACCAUGCGCUGUGCUAAUGGGCGCCAAUCUGGCCAAUGAAGUGGCUGAGGGAAAUUUCUGUGAGACAACAAUCGGCUGUAACGAUAAGAAAUAUGGCAAGAUUUUGCGUGAUCUCUUCCAAGCGAAUCAUUUCCGCGUUGUGGUUGUCGGGGAUGCUGAUGCCGUCGAGGUGUGCGGCGCCCUCAAGAAUAUUGUCGCCUGCGGUGCGGGCUUUGUGGAUGGCCUUAAGUUGGGCGACAACACUAAGGCGGCGGUUAUACGUCUGGGACUCAUGGAAAUGAUACGCUUUGUCGAUGUCUUCUACCCUGGCAGCAAGCUCUCCACAUUCUUCGAGAGUUGCGGUGUAGCGGAUUUGAUUACGACGUGUUAUGGCGGUCGCAAUCGCAGGGUGUCUGAGGCCUUUGUUACCUCGGGUAAAACGAUUGAGGAAUUGGAGAAGGAAAUGCUCAAUGGCCAGAAGUUGCAAGGACCGCCCACAGCUGAGGAAGUCAACUACAUGCUGAAGAACAAGGGUCUGGAGGAUAAAUUCCCCCUCUUCACCGCCAUACACAAAAUAUGCACAAACCAACUGAAGCCUAAGGACUUAAUCGAUUGCAUACGCAAUCAUCCUGAGCAUAUGGAAACGUCCAUCAUGCCGUCGCCAAAACUCUAAACUGUGUUAAAUCCCAAAAAUAUCAAACAAAACAAAUAAACAAACCAGCAUUAAUAAAGCCUAGCCUAGUGCGAUUGUAAAUACUAAAUAAGUCAGCCCAACACACUCACGCAUCCACGCACGUACGCACGCAUCAAGAAAACCACAUACUACCUAAAUAGUCAAUCAAUCAAUCAAUCUACCAAUCAAUCAAGUCUUCAAUCAACUCGUCAGCAAGCACCCCUGUGCGCGAAACUUCAACAUGCAUUUACAAUUGUUUAUCCAUUAUUCUGUUUAAAUGUAUACUCAAUAAUUUUGUAAAGCCAAAAUUGUUAAUAGAAGCAAGCAUAAAGUGUCAA